AUGGGCCGCCUCCAACUCGCUAUCGCCGCCGCAUUGGCCCUCGUCGCCAAGAGCGCCAACGCCUUCACCAUUGGCACGGCUCCCGGUCUGGCUGCUGGUGCUACUGGCGGAGCGGCCGGCAAGACGGUGUACCCGACCACGACAACCGAGUUGAUCUCGUACUUGAACUCGUCGGAGCCGCUCGUGGUCGUGCUGAACAAGACCUUCGACUUCCGUGGCACGGAGGGCACCACCACCGAGCCUGGCUGCCGUCCAGACUACACUCGGGCAUGCAUGGCCAAGAACAACGGCUUCAAGAGCCAGGAUGUGAUCCUCCAGCAGGGAGGCAUGAACAACACGGGCGGCUGCACCGGCGGUACCAGCGUCACGGUGACGUACGACAACGCACCGCUCAAGCGCAUGAACGUCAAGGGCAACAAGACCAUCCGCGGUAUCGGCAAGAGCGGAGUGAUCAUCGGCAAGGGCCUCACGCUAGCCGGCGACAACAUCAUCGUGCAGAACAUCCACAUCACGGAGCUCAACCGACACCUCGUCUGGGGUGGCGACGCCAUCUACCUCCAGGGUCUGGACCACGGCAAAACCGCCAUGAAGAACAUUUGGCUCGACCACAUCAAGGUCUCGCACGUCGGCCGACAGUUCCUCACGACCAACAUGGCGAGCACCGACUCCCUGACCAUCAGUAACUCGGACUUCGACGGCAACACCGACUACUCGGCGUCGUGCGACGGACACCACUACUGGUCCUUCAUCUUCUACGGCACGACGCAGUUCAGCAUGCUCAACAACUACGUGCACGGCACCUCGGGCCGCUCGCCUAAGAUCGGCGGCGAGCCUGACAUUCGUGUCGUCGCGCACGUCGCCAACAACUUCUGGGGCAACAACUCGGGCCACUCGUUCGAGAUCGGUGCCAACGCCUGGGUGCUCGCGGAGGACAACUACUUCAGCAACACGCGGAUGCCCCUCUUCAACAAGACGAACGACGGCGCGCUGUACGCCGCGGGCAGCGCGGACGAGUGCAGCAAGUUCCUGGGCCGCGCGUGCAAGGCCAACGUCCUGGUGAACAGCGGCAUCUUCCCGUCGCGCAACGGCGAAACCGCUCUGGAGACCAUCAAGUCGGUCCCUACGUUUGCCAACGGAUUGGACCAGCAGCAGCAACAGCAGCAGCAGCAGCAGCAGGAGCAAGUGGAGCAGUCCACUGCUGGCACGGUGAAGCCGUCGUCGGUCCAGGCGGGUCAGACGUCGAUCCAAGCCAGCGAGGUGGAGAGUGUGUGGGCCGAGACGACCAGCUACUUCGGUGUUGGUAAGCUGGACUAA